UUGUCUGCAAGGCCAACAGCUCAGCCUUCAACACCAGCUUUGUCAAAGCAAUCAUGAUCAACAAUAAGGAGAUGAAACCAGCUCAAGCCCCAGCUCGAGUUCCACCUCAAGCUCGAGUUCCUCCUCAAGCUCGAGUUCCUCCUCAAGCUCCAUCUAAAAUCCCACCCAAGCCUCAUGCACAGGCCCCCACUAAAGGACCACAGGUGUCCGACCAUGAGACCAAGCAUCCACAGCUGAACGCUACUGCCAAAGUUUCCGGGCAGCUGUACGGUGUGUUUCAGCUCAGUGAUCAUCUGGCCUGUGAUUCCGGCAUGAUGCCGUCACUCAAUGUCUGCAACAUGAGCUGCUCUGCUCUGAUUGAUGAUGACAUUAGCAAUGACAUUGCCUGCCUGAAGACCCUGAUGAACACCAUGAAGCCUAAACCCAAAGAGAAGCCCACUGAUGGUAAUAAGAUUUUGGAGGCGCUGAUGGUGAAGGAGUGUCGCUCUGUUGUUCCCUCAAAGUACUUUGCAGACUGUGUUUAAAACAGACGGGCCAACAGGCUCGCUCUAACUUCCUUACAAACACAACAGUCUGAUGGUUUCCAUACCUCUGAGGUCAAUAUUGUGAAGGUGGCGGUAUCUGUGUGAGUUUAUUAAAUGUCUAAUGACUUUUAAUAGAGAGAGUUUGUGCAUUAAGACACUUUAGUUUAUUGCUGUAAUACUGUGAAUGUUUACAUUUCUGUCUAAAUAUAUAUCGCUGUAUCUAAUAUCGUUGUGCUGCUGCUGAGGGCUUUUAAAUACUGUAAUUUUAUCAUAAGCAAUAAAAUAAAAAACUGGAG